AUGGCUUCAUUCCUGCGAUCCGCCAAAUUAGCCUCUAGGCUCACACAAGGACCAACUAAAUGCUUUUCAAGAAAUUAUGCUGAUCAAAUGAACUUCACAUUUGCUGCCGCCAAUCAAAUUUUUUACGCCAACAAAAAUAUCAAGCAGGUUGAUGUACCAUCUUUUAGUGGUUCAUUUGGUAUCUUACCAAAUCAUGUACCCACAUUGGCUGUUCUCCGCCCUGGAGUUGUAACGGUAUAUGAAGAUGAAGGAACAUCAAAAAAAAUAUUUGUUUCUAGUGGAACGAUAACUGUAAAUGAAGAUUCUAGUGUUCAAGUUUUGGCUGAAGAAGCUCACCCGAUUGAAGAUAUUGAUGGAUCAGCUGCACGUCAAGUACUACAAGAGGCUCAAAGUCAACUCUCAACUGCAUCAGGUGAUGUUGCCAAGGCAGAAGCUGCAAUUGCUGUUGAAGUAGCUGAAGCACUUGUGUUAGCAGCAGGAAACUAG